AUCCUGACGUUUAUCCAUCCUCAUCCCCGUGAUACCGAUCAUUCCCGCGUUAUCGAAGAGUUCGCGUCGAAAGUGCCUGAUAAAUCGAGUGCAAAGAGACAUUGCAAACAGUCUUAAUGAACUGCCCCACGUUAAAUUGGAUGAGGUGAUGAUCCAUGUGCUCGCGGCAUGGCAAUUAUGCAAUCCUGUUGCUGCUGGCGAUCCGUCCGCAGGGGAAGUUUCGCCUGUGCCAUCUACACCGGGAUCUACUUCACCCUGAUCGCCAUGUCGACGGGCACAGUCUUGCAGGAAGAGGAGGAAUACCUCUCCGGAAAUCGUUCAUUGCCUCAAUCAGCGAGUUUCCUUGAGAAUGAGUCGGUAUCACCAGUAACAGUGAGAUUCAACGUCAUACUGCUAAUAUGCUCGUGCUGUGGAGUUGUCGCUUGUAUACUUCUGCUUUAUGGAUUACUCAAGGACCAACGCUUCUUCAUGAUACCCUGGAUCUGCUCAGUCAUCACCUGCAGUCUUGUGGAUAUCAGUCACACCCUCUACUUGUUCUGUUCUUCUUCUCUCGGAUUCAGUCCCAUCAGUGCUCUGGUCUACACUCUGGAUUUUUUUCUCCUCUGUCUCAAUAUUUAUUCCCUUUUGUGCGUUAUCUCGCAGUACCAAGAGUACACAGCUGGUAGGGGUAGAGCGUCAGACGACUGUGAACACAGGAUACCGGCUAUUCGAUACGCAGCUCAACCCACAACAACAGCCACAUCGUGUCUGAGUUCUCGGCGUACAGCAACAAACAAUGACUCCAAACCCACAACAUCAACAACACCAGCGCAAAGUCCCACGACAUACAGAACAAUUCUAAGCUCCGAGAAAAGCGCAGGUACCAAAGCAACCCGGAAACACGUACAGUUUCCUGAUACUCCACCAUCGAGCAGUCAAGCACCCAAGUCCGGUGAUAACAGUGGAGAAACUAUCAGCUGGCCACUGGAGAAUGAGACGACAGCACCUUCUCUACUCGUACCACCCACCAACAAUUUUCAUCCCAAUGGGCCAUCCUAAAGGACUUAUACGAUAUCUAGAUUUAUUUUUCAUUUUCAGAGAUACAGGAAUAAGAAUAGAGAAAAGUACAAACGCUAAUAUUCACUUGUUGUGAUUGAUAUAGUAGUGGGAUGUCGAUCAUGGAGUCUGGAGGUAAAGAUUCCACGGGAUUUCGUUGUCCUGAUUUUAUGUUCCAGGAAAAUUGAAACUCGGUUAACCGCUGGUACAUUGGCCAGACAUUAUGGGAGCGGAUAGAUUCGUUGGACCAUUCAUUUCGUUUUUCCCCAUGAGGGAAAUUCAAUUUCAUUGCGGAUCGAUACAUUCAUAUCCACGAAGUGAAAAAUCGAAUCAUUUUUCCCUCCGUGUGUCCUCUGCAUGCAUGAUGUGACUGAGAAAAAAUGCCAAACACGCGAUUCUUCUGCGGUUUUAUGUCUCCUGGGAAAUUUAUUUGAUGUACCACUGUCAAGAACGGAGAUACUCGAGUGUUCACCCAUUUAUGACGUCAACUACUAUGAACAGCUGGCGAAUAAUUACGAGAACUGAUCUGUGCAGUUACAUAAUUUCUGGUGCGUCAAUGAGAGACUGGAGAGUCGCUGCAUCCAUAAUUGAUGAUCACAAUCAGUUUGAAAAUUAGUGUGCGUCGGAUAAUGGAACAGUUAAAUUACAACUCCUAAUGAUCCAUUUUAUUCCGCAGCGGUAAUUAGACAUUACCUCGUGAAUUCCAAUGAUUUCCGUUGAAAAAUUUGUCAUACCCUAAUUAUGUAUCGUUGAAAAUUAUUGUUAUA